AGGAGGAAGGUCCGGCUCGGAGCCCGUCGCGAAGUGACAGUGUCGUUAUGGUUGGCGACUCGGACGACGAGCGGCAGGAGUAUGAGCACGAGCAUGCGCAGGCGCGUGGGGGAGAGGAGCAGGAGUACGCCGACGAGUACGACGAGUACGAUGACGAGGAGGCAGAGCCGGGGUACGACGACGAGUACGAAGAUGACGAGGCGACGUACGCGCAACCAGGUGACGCGCACACGUCCCAGUUCCCGCAGCACGAGCCUUCAGCCGAAGAGGAGGAUGAGACUCCAGCUCACGAGGAGGACGAGCCUCCAUCCGCCGGGGGAUAUUAUUACCACUACGACGGGGAAGACGAGGAAGAAGAAGAAGAGGAGGAGGAGGACGAGGAAGAGGAGGAGGACGAAGAGGAGGAGGAGGAAGAGGAGGUCGAAGAGGUCGAAGAAUAUCCAUAUCCUCCUGCCACGCCGCAACUGUCGGCUGCACGCCGGUCGUACCACACCUACAAUGACGGCUUGGAGGGCUCUCCCAACGUGCCGAUUGAGGUCUCCUCAGACUCUGACGAAGAAGAGCCCGCGGAUGAAAGGCAGUACAGCCAGCGACCGGCGGACCACCAGCGGAUGGACGUGGACGACUACAGUGAAGACGAGGAGGAGUCGUGUACCGAUGACGAUGAGCGCCCUCGCGACGAUCGUUUCGAUGACGAUGCCGAGAACAACUACGAAAGCGGCGGGGACGUUCAGUAUGCUGGCGGGGACGUUGCGGAGCCAGAUCCCGUUGAUUGCGCAUAUCCGCAAGAUCCUGGUGCGCCACAGCACUACCCCAUGGAACAUGAAGGCCACGAACAUCGUUCGCCCCACCCUCCCCCAAUCUGGCAGGGCGGGGCCGGAAUCGAAGACGCGCUAGCAAGCAUGUACGGCACUGCCCCGGAGAGGGUGUCAGACAAUGUCAUUGAGGCGGUCCUAAAUCAGCUCCCAGAGGGAACGUUCACUUCCUCAUCUUAUCCCAUGCCAGACGCUACUCUGGCACCUCGACUGGACACUGUCGACAUUCAGCGCGGUCUCCCGCUCGCGCAAGGCGCAGCACGCACCACUGCUGAGAUGGAGUUCUCGAUCGACCCGUCUUUGGUAGACGCCGAGCCCUCGACGUCCCACCAGUCCUUGGGCGACAGUGCUACGGUGCAGGGCUUCAUGCCCGAGGGCUCCAGCGAGCACUUCUACACUAGUACGGCCGCGACCUUCAUCAGUGACCAGUACGGCCACUCCUUUGUCGCUGAGCACAGCCACUAUGAUGCGCAGGGGUACACUCUGGAAGAGAUCGAGUUCACCGAGAUCCUCGACGCUGGGUCGAUGGAAGUCCAAGCGCCGGACGAGAUCGAAACUCCGCUUGCGCCGUAUGCUAUGCUGCGCGCCGAGUCAAGUAUGUCGCACCAUGGGCGUGAGGCCAGCGUCGCUCCACACGAGGGCGAGGUCGACGUUGUGAUCGACCUCACCGCCUCUGAAGCGGGGCACGAGUCGGACGUGGACGAGCUUGAGUCGGAUGAAGACGAGCUAGACCCUGAUCAAGAGGACGAGCUCGAGUCCGAUCGUGACGAGGAGAUACGCGAGGUAGACGACGCCCAGCCCCCACCAAAGCUUCGCGAAGGGGAUACCCUCAUCGACCAAGUGGGAGAACGCGAGGAAUCGGAGGAGGUCGAGCUGCUCGAAGAGCCCCAUGAGACGGCCGAGCCCACACCCGAGCUGAGAGUGUUCACGGGCGACGAACGAGAACACGCCGAAGAGGACGAGGCUGCCGAGUCAGAAGAGUCGGAACCAAUCGAGCCGCAGCCGAUCGACGCAUCACCUCCCCCGUCACCCCCCGUUGCCCCUGCAACUGCCGACGCCGCGCCGCCUGCGCCUCCAGCCGAGCAGGUGGAGUUUGGAAAUACGCAGGAGCUUGUGGACCACGAUCAAGUGGAGGAGCCUAUUGUCGAGAAAGAGGCGGAGGGGCCGUCUCGGGAGCCAACUGGAGCACCAACGAAUGACCUUGUUCCUGCUGAUGUUGACAUCGACGAGGCGACCGCCCACCGAGCCGAGCCUACCGUUGAGCCUCUCGACAUUGAAGGCACCGAGCCUCUUGACGUCGAGCAGCUUAAGCCUGUUGACGUCGAGGAGGUCGAGCCUGUCGAGGCGGAGGAGGGUGGGCCUGUCGAUGUGGAGGUGGUCGAGCCUGUCGAGGUGGUCGAGCCUAUCGAACAGGAGGACAUGCCCAUUCAGCAGGAGGAUGGGCCUACCGACGAGGACAAGGCCGUCGAGCCCGCAUUCGAGGCUGUGGCGCUCGAGGAAGACGAGCCGAUCGAGCUCGCACUCCAGCCUGCCGCACCUGCCGGGCCGUCAGAGGACGAGCAUGCACGGGGACAAUUGUUGGACUCCUCACUCGUGGCCGCCGACACUCCAGUGGCAGGGGCCUUCGGUGAAGUGGAGGACGCCGACGACGUUGGGACUCUCGACGAGUAUGAGAACGUUGAGGCCGACGGCGAAGAGGACAGCGAAGCGGAAAGCGAGACGGGGAGUGAGGACAGCGAGGCUGGGAGUAGAGGCCAGCUCGCCGACGACGAGGCAGACCAGGAGGCCGAAUCAGUUGGGCUCGACGACAGCCAGGCCAUGGAGGUCAUGGAGUUCUUGCAGGUGGAGCAGGAUGGCGAGACAGCCCUCAUGCCUCAAAAGAAGGAGGAUGAACUGGCUGGUGCUGGCGAGGAGCCCGCUCAACUGCUCGCUGACUCAUUGUCCGAGGAUGGCACGGUCGAUCCUACCACUCUUCAAGACGAUGCGCCGUCCAAGAGCGCAUCCCUCAGGGUGCCAACUCUGGACUCUAGAUUUGACGAACUCGUGGGCUCAGGCUCCGACGCCGGAACGGCAGACGACGAGGAGCAGGUGGCGUCGGAUGACGAGGCGUCUUCUACCGACGUCACCAUGCGCGGCAACGAAAGCAUAGAGCUCGCAACUAUCCCAGAGGUUGACUCUGACAUUGUCGAGGACGAAGCAGAUGCGCCCUACAACGAGCCUGUGACGGCUGCCGCGAGUACCCUGCAGUCGUCGCAGCACACCCAUGUGCACGACAACGAAAAAGCCGAUGCAGGGGACACCAGCGCCACAGCAAGUCCGACAACAAUCACAUCGCAUGAAGAGGACAAGACGGACACAUGUGAGCUCGACCAGCACUUGACCGCCGAAAGCCUCAUGGCUCCUCUGCGCGAGCCGACGCCGCCACGCAUGCCUCGACUCUUCCACUCGCACGCGCCCUUGCACAUCACCACUGCAGCCCCUGCUGCUGCGCUGGCUGUGGCCACCGCCAUCGCCUCCGGAGGCACACCGGCGGUUGCAUCUGGCUCUGCUCCUGCGCCUGUAUCUGGCUCUCCUGCCGGCCCUGCCGGCUCUGACGCUGACUCUCCUUUGGCUUCCACAACCGGCUUGCCCCUGUCACCACCAGAGUCAGUAGCCAGUUCUGUCGGAGCCGCCUCGACCGGCUCUCCUGACACUUCCCCUGCUGUCGCGCCUGCGAUAUUGUCCGCAGAUGUCCCCGGCGCCGCCUCGGGGCUCCCGCCGGGGCUCCCGCCGGCCCCUCCAUCCCCCGCGGUCGCCGCUCCCAACGCGUUGUCCACUGAGGCUGCUGCCACGGAGCCCACAUCAAGCCAGCGACGGGCAUCUCGCCGUUUCGUCCCACGCUCCUCGCCACCCCGUACGCGAUCCCAGUGUAGCUUCCAGAAGCUCCGGCUUGAAACCGAUUACAAAGGGACACACUACUGGGUUGUCGUCCUUGUGCCGCAAUGCGUCGAUCCCGACAAGGUCAAGGCGGAGAAGGGUCGUUUCCUGGGCAAGGCAUCUGAGGAGGAUUUGAUCCGCGCCAACCCCGACGAUGUUCCCCGCCUCAAGCCCGAGCUUGGCUUCAAGCUGAGCCGCGCCAUUGGCAUAGAUCUUGUCGAAGAUGGGCACAGCUGUGGUGUCCUCGAGGCAGCUGAGGGCGCUGUCGAGGGUGACCGGCUUGGCCGCCGCUCCUCACACGCUCAUAUGGGACGCACACCCGACCUGGGAACACCAGGGCCUGCUGAGCACGUCACACCGACCACGCGGCUGCGUCGGCUGAGCCGUGGCCGCGGCGUGUCGGUACCCAAAAGCACUAGAACCACUCCUUCGAGCCAUCACACGCCAUCGCCCGUCAAAGCCCCGACGGCGAUGGAUGGAACCCCGCGCACGAGGGCUACUCGCGCCAGCCUGGCCGCGGUAGAACCGGAGGCGAGCUCCUCAACAACUAACAACUCGCUGGGGCUCGAGACGAAACCCGCUGUCGUCGGAACUAGGACGCGCAAGCGCACUAUCGGACAACAUGACGCUCCGCCCCCUGCGCCCAAACGCGUCAAGGAGGAAGGAGGCAGCGGCAAGGGCAAAGGCAAAGCCCGCGAGACUUUGGAGUCUGUGUUAUCCGAUGUUCCGAAGUCGCCCAACUUGCGCAAACGUAAGGGCUCCGACGAGGCGGAGGCGUCACGCGAGACGAAGCGUCGCACGCGUAGCCAAACGACUCAGGACGCGGGCGCCACGGCCGAUGGCCAGCGUGGUGGUCUCCUGACUCGCUUGAGUAGCAUAGGCGGCAUAUUCGGGCUCGGCAGGAGGAAGUGAGCGGCGGUGGCUGGUUGUGGGAUCAUGAUGUCCGAGCCUAGUUGUCUACCUAGUGUACAAGCAAUGCAAUUAUUCUG